UUGCAGGUACUGUACGUAUACAUGUCCCUGUGCCCUACAACUCGGAAACAACCCAUGAAGUCCAUUCGGCUGGUAGGAGUACCGUAGGCAGUCAAAUGCGCUUGACCGACGUCAGAAUCGACAAAUUAAACUGCAGAACGAUGAACAAAUACCCGAGGGACCAAUCCGCUUCUUUCAAGCUGCUAAAGGCAUGACCUGGAUAUAAAAAUCACUGUUAUUGCUGAGUGUGAACUGUCCGCGUAUUAUUAUGCUGGCCUAGGCAAAUAAUCUUUAUGCAGCAGAAAUCUGAAAGAAGGAUCGAAGUAUUGCUUCACAAUGGGUAGCGAAGAGGAUUUCAGAUUUGCUGAAGUUUUCUCAUAUGAAAGUCUUGUACAUGCUGUUGCAGGAGCAACGGGCAGUGUAACCGCGAUGACUGUAUUUUUCCCUUUGGACACGGCUAGACUCCGCCUUCAAGGCCUUUACUUCUCAUUACCUGGUGCUCCGUCAUUUCUUGACACUGCAGUGGAUGAGAAUAGGAAAGCCAGUUCCACACCAGCAAUCCUCGCAGAGAUCAUCAAGGAAGAGGGGCUUCUGGCUCCCUUCCGAGGCUGGUUCCCAGUCAUCUGCAGCCUGUGCUGCUCCAACUUCGUCUACUUCUAUUGCUUCCAUAGUUUGAAAGCUACCUGGCUAAAGGGGCAGAGGUCGACCACAGGCAGAGACCUAAUCAUCGGCAUCGCUGCAGGUGUAGUGAAUGUCCUGGUGACCACCCCACUCUGGGUGGUCAACACCAGGCUCAAGCUGCAGGGGGCUAAGUUUCGCAACACAGACAUCCAUCCCACUCACUAUACGGGCAUUCUGGAUGCUUUGGUACAGAUCAUGCAGCGUGAGGGGGUCUCAGCCCUCUGGAAUGGUACCUUCCCAUCCCUACUGCUGGUGCUGAACCCGGCGGUCCAGUUCAUGAUUUAUGAGGGUUUGAAGAGACAGCUGCGGAGGGGGGUCCCCAGAGAGUUGUCCUCCUUGGAGGUGUUCCUGAUUGGGGCUGUAGCCAAGGCAAUUGCCACCACUGCCACCUACCCCUUGCAGACGGUGCAGUCUGUGCUGAGGUUCAGUCAGUGCAGGCAGCAAGGGGACAGGUCCUGGCUGCUGGGCAGCCUUAAGAGCGUUGUGUAUCUGCUGAGCAGCAGGAUCAGGAAGCACGGCAUCAUGGGAUUGUUCAAGGGCCUGGAAGCCAAGCUGUUACAGACCAUCCUCACAGCUGCCCUCAUGUUUCUCCUGUACGAGAAAAUUGCCGCCGGCACAUUCCACAUCAUGGGGGUGAAAAGAGCCACAGUCAGUCGCUGACUCCAAAGCCCCGCCCGGAAACGCCAACGCUCCAGGGGACCAGCAUCCAGACCCCGCUCACCUUGGUCUCUCAGCCUGUUUGUCUUCGUGCGCCAGCUCCUCCUUAAAUGCUUAAUCCCUCCAGUUAUGGAGGGAUUAAAAAAUUAUGUGUAAUUUAGUAUAUUCUGCCAAUGUGGGGCUAGUCACUUGAGUCGUAAAUAUUUGUUACUGAUUACUGGAGAAUGCUGUCUAUUUCUCCACCCCCACCCCCCAGCAUUGGUGCUGUGUAAAGAGUGGUGAAUGUAGAUAAUUAGACAAGUUUUCAAAAUGUCUUUUAUUUCGUCUUGACUUCAUAUACAGGGUUUGGGAAGCUGCGACUGUAAUGUUUUUCUGAUGAGUAGCUCUUCAGGUUUGUGUACUUGUACACGUACACAAGUCAGACAAACUCAGCUGUCCUACUUAAAUCUACUUGAAAACAAAUAUUAUAAAGUUACUAAUUUAAACUGGGAAUUCCAUUGGGUGGCUAAAUGAAGUGGUUAACUUUGUGAAUAGUUUGCCAUAGUAUAGUAUAGUAUAAUAUUAGCUGGUCACUGUGGACUGGCAAACCAUCACCAGCAGCUUCUGCACACAUCAAAAGACUUGAGCCUCCUGAAGUAGAGUCUGCUCUGGCAUUUCUUAUACAGCCUUGGACCCCCAUCCCCCCACUGUUCAAGGGGACCCCAGAUACUAGUAGAAUUACGUAACCUCCACUUCUUCCCAUUAGAUAGUGACAGGUCUCAGGAGCACCUUGUCAUGCCGGAAGUCUAUCACCAACUCCUUUGAUGUGCUGAAGUGUGCAUACUUGCAUGUUUCUGCAGAAAUGGGCAUGCGUGGUACACAAGUAUGCAUUGGCAAUUUUUUGUCCUAGCAGCACAAAUGCACAUAAAUCCUCAUUUGCACCCCUUUGACAAGAAAUUGGAUUGGAUUGUUUGCUGGAACCCUAUUUGCUAGGUUUUAAUAAUAAUAAUUGUUAUUAUUAUUCUGCAGUAAAGCAAUAUAGGGAGAGAGACCCUAAGGUGUAAAAGCACAACGUUUUGUGGAGUGGUGCAGAAUUUCGAUCUGGCAAAUUGUUGUGAUGCUAUAGGCCAAUGACUUUCUUGGGUGUGGCCUUUUUGCACUUAAAGCAUUUCUCAUCAAUGAAACGUGUGUUUCUCACACUUAUUUAUAGCUGAUACAAUACUCUGAAGCCACUCCCCAAAUUUUGUAAAAAAAUCACCCAAUAACGGGACACUAUAACUCAAAAUAGCUUAUAACUCGGAAACCAUUGGACAUAAAAAAGAUGAAAUUUUGUAUACCUGAUUUUGGCCAGAACUUCCAACAAAUCACAUAAUAAAAGUUGGUUGGGAUUGCUGCACUAA